AUUACUAUAAAUAUAAAAAAUAAUAAUUUAUUCAUCAGUUAUAAUAAAAUUGUUGUUAAUAGUAGUUAACAUGGAUCAAAAAACAAUAACAAAAAAAUUAAUUAAAAAAAGAAAAGAUAUUAAAACUAAAUUAAAAGCAUUAAAACUAAAUAGAUUUCAAACGGAACAUGUUUUACAACCCUUUAAACAAUUAAUUUCCUAUUCUGUUCAACAAAAUGAACCAAAAGUAAAAUUAGAAAAAGAAGACGAAAAAGAAAAAAAAUUCUAUACAAAUAAAAAAAAUGUUGGAACCAGUCCUAUAAAAACAAAUAAAAGGGACUUUGGAACCAGCCCUGUAAAACAUGAUGAAACAUUUGAAUAUUCAAAUAUAGCAGAUCAUACGUUACAAGAUGCAUUACAAGGCAGUUAUAUUUAUGAUGACAGUAUUAGCCAACAGAAUUAUCAAGAUAUUGGGGAUUAUAUAAAUCGAGAUGAGUCUUUUAAUUUGUAUUUAGAAGAUUUUGAUGAAAUACCUCGUGAAUACGUUAAAAAAUAUAUACGAGACACUGAAUCUAUAUUUGAUACUCAUUAUUUAAAUUAUGAUGUAAUUACAUCAAAAUUUCGUUUUGGGGAUUCAGAAAUGGAUUUUAAAGGAAAUGAUGUUGUUAUAAAAGGAAAAACAAUGCUUGUUAAAGAUAAAAUAUAUAAAGGUACUUAUGGAUUAUAUGAGUUAUUGUUUAAAAAUAGACCAAACGAAAGUUUAAUAACUCCAGAAGAUAGAGAAAAUUUUAAAAAUAUUAUGCAAAGCACCAAUGCACAUAAAAGAAAUUUUAUUGCGAAUGAACAAACAGCCGGUAAUAGAGGUGAAAAGUAUAAGUAUGUAAUUAAACCUUUACUUGAUGAAAUUGUUAAAGAAUCAAAAGAAAAACAAAAAAAACAAGUAUCAAAGAUAAGAUUACCUCAACCCAAACGUCUCGCAGAAUAUUAUGAUGAUGAGGAAAAUGACAGAGCAACAACCUCCACAACACGUCGCGGUCGUGGUUUAUUAAUGCAAUAUAAUAAUAAACCCUUUGAAUACGUACAUUGGGAUGAUCCUAAUGGCAUCACAAUUUGCAGGAAAUGACAAUCAUAACAACGAAAUCGUUAGUAUAAUUGAAGAAUUAAAAGAAGCAAAUAUAAUUUAAUAA